CAAUAAUCCAUCUUCAUCUCGUGGUUGUUCUUUUUUGACAAUUACGAACCUUCUUCAGGCAGCUGUAUGCCUUGUCGAUUUGCUUAUAUAUUUUUUCAAAAUUAUUGUUGAUCUCGGCACAAAAUGCUGGAGUUUGUGGAAAUUAAUUGUAAUUUGGCCUUUAGCCGCAGGAAUGUCGAACGUGUUGGCUUGGCAUUCCUUAAUUCGAAUAGAUAUAAUGCCACUACAGAAGAGGCGGCGGAAAGCAAUGAUGAUGCGGUGGACAAGUUACCUGAAGAAUUCGCGGUCGAUGUAGACUACCUGAAAUCACUUGAUCCCAAAGAAUGGAAAGAUCAUGAUCAUUAUGCAAUACUUGGUUUAGGAAAAUUAAGAUUUAAUGCCACCGAUGACGAUAUACGGCGUGCUUACAGGCGCAUGGUGUUAAUGCAUCACCCUGAUAAGCGAAAAGCCAAAGGCGAGGAUGUAAACACCGAUGAGGAUUAUUUCACUUGCAUUACGAAAGCCUAUGAAAUACUUGGCACACCGAAGAUGAGACGUGCUUAUGACUCUGUUGAUCCUGAAUUUGAUGACUCCUUUCCAUCCCAGGCUGAGAUCGAUAACAGCUUUUAUAAAUGCUUUAAUAAAUGUUUCGACUUGAACGCGCGCUGGAGUGAAAGGAAAAACGUGCCAAAAUUCGGCGAUGAAAAUUCAAAGCGUGAACACGUGGAAGAGUUCUACAGCUUUUGGUAUGAGUUCAAAUCUUGGCGUGAAUUUAGUUAUCUGGAUGAAGAGGAUAAAGAAAAGGGUCAAGAUCGCGAUGAAAGGCGUUGGAUUGAGAAGGAAAAUAAGGCACUUCGUAUUAAGCGAAAAAAAGAAGAAAUGAUGCGUAUCCGUGCUUUAGUCGAUUUAGCAUACAAUAAUGACAAACGUAUACAGAAGUUCAAAAAUGAGGAAAAAGAAAAAAAAUUAGCGGCAAAACGUGCGAAAAUGGAUGCUGCUCAGGCACAGAAAGCAGAACAGGAACGAGCUCUGCGGGAGGCACAGUUGGCAAAGGAGCGUGCCGAGAAAGCUGAACAAAAACGAAUUGAACAAAUACGAAUUGAAAAAGAACAAAUGAAGAAAGUGUUAAAAAAAGAAAGAAAAAUUUUGCGCGAUAAGCUAAAGGAGUCCAAGUACUAUGGCAAUAGUGAUAAAGAAACACUCAAGAAUAUGGAAGGCGUGGAAAAAAUUUGCGAAGUAUUCAAUUUAAGUGAACUGCAAGAGCUUAAUAAAGAUAUUGAAAAGAAGGGACAAAAUGCAUUUUUUGCCGCAUUGAAAACUGUAGAAAAGAAAAUAGCGGCCGAAUUGGAGGAACUCAAUCUAACGCAACAAAAAAAAACCACUAAGAAUGAUAAAGACGUAAAGAAGAGUGAUGUGUGGAAUAAUGAAAAUAUGCAAUUGCUCAUCAAGUCUGUAAAUUUAUUCCCAGCUGGCACAUUCCAGCGUUGGGAUGUUAUUGCCGCUUUCAUUAAUCAGCAUUCAACCGCUGGGGUAACAGUGAGUGCGCGCGAUGUGCUCAAUAAAGCAAAGGCAAUGCAAAAUAGUGAUUUCUCAAAAAGUUCACUUAAAGUGCAGGCUAACGACACGGCUUUUGAAAAUUUCAACAAAUCGAAGAAGGAAGUGCAAACCACCAAUGAUAUUACAGUCAAUCAACCAGUUACGAAUAAUGAAAACCAUGCUGAUGGCGAUGCAAGUACAAAUGGUAAUAAGGAACAACAGCAGUGUGAUAACGAUACAAAGGCUGCCGCGAAAGCGACGAACAAGCCAGCUGCUGCACCAAAGACGUGGACAAAAGAAGAGCAGGCGCUUCUGGAACAAGCUAUUAAAACCUAUCCAAUCUCAACGCCCGAUCGCUGGGAUAGAAUAGCGGAAUGCAUACCGAACAGGACAAAGAAAGAUUGCCUGCGUCGCGUCAAGGAGCUUGUAGAGCUGGUGAAUUCGAAAAAAGAGGCGCAACAAUCGGUAAAAUGAUUAAAUAAUACACAACAAUGAUUAUUUAUUUGUCCCUUUAAUGGAUUUUAUGUAAUAUAAUUCAAAUAAACACACGUUAAAUCA